AUGUACUGGCAGCACGGAGAUCCCGAGGAAAAUAGUAAAAAAUUCGCCCUCAGUCAAAUGAACGAAAUAUUUCAAACGCGGAAAAAUCAGGAAAUUAUCGAGUUGGUUUGUCCCUCCCUCAUUUUAGCCGCAUCAUUUGUCUCAAUGACUUUGAGCGAGCAUGAGAUUGGUGCGCUCCGCGCGAAGCAUGAGAAUCCUACUGAGUGGCGAAUACGACGGGAAUUUAUUCAACGAAAUAAUGCUCUACUGGAUCCUGAGCGUUUAGUGUGCCUCUCCAAUUGUUUUAUUAAUGUCAAGCUGUAUGGGGCAAGCUAUCCUGAAAAAGUCAUGGACGAUGUACGUAUGAAUUAA